GGCACCAGUUGCGUUUUAGGGGACACGGAAGACAGAUGAAUCAGACGAACGGAAGCGGUUCAAUUGGUAACAAUGCUACCCGGAUAAUUUAUCACAAGGCCCCAAUUUUCAAAAUUUUCACGCUUCUCGGGUAACGAUUAUGUUACUUAUACGCUGAAAGCAUCAUUACAAAAGAAGCAAAAUGGAAACGAUGAAGACCGAGCCUGUGGAUUUUGUGAGGGAAUUUCAAGAAUACCUGACACAGCAAACCCAGCAUGUCAACAUGAUCUCAGGCUCUGUGUGCGGAGGAAAGGAGUCAGGGGAGCCAUUUCAAGACGCUGCUCCUAGGAGUGAGCAGAAUGGUCUGGACCCUCCGUCUGUGGAGGUGAGCCUGUCCAUGGAGGAUGGGCCAGAUGCACAGAUGGAUGGCCUGGAGAGGACCUGCGAUGGGAAGUACAAGUGCAGCUACUGCAGCUAUGCCAACAAGGGCAUGGCCCGUUUAAUCGAGCACAUCCGCAUCCACACAGGAGAAAAACCUCACCGCUGCCAGCUGUGUCCAUUCGCCUCAGCAUACGAGCGCCACUUAGAAGCCCACAUGCGUUCGCACACGGGAGAGAAGCCAUACAAAUGUGACCUCUGUGCCUUCCGCUGUAGCGACCGUAGCAACCUCUCGCACCACCGCCGCCGCCGCCACAAGCUUUUGCCCACGAGGGUCGUCCGCUCUCCUUUCUCCACCAAGAGAAUGCUGAGCUCCCUGCAAAAGAGGACGGGCUCGCUGGGCUUCAGCAGGCGACUCCUCAUCAACUUAAACCCUCCCUCCGUGGGACUGCCAAAACCAGAUUAUCUGAAUGACUUCUCUCAGAAGAUCCACCACCAUUUGAACAGCAGUGAGUUUAAGAACCUUCCCAAAGUAGAUGAGAAUGACAGUCACAACAGAGGUGCAAAUGGUUUGACUUUUAAUAACUCGCUGAACCAGCUGUCCACACUUGCUGGCCAGUUGGUCGGCCUUCAGCCUGAGUCUCAGACUCCUGCGUCCCCAGACAGGGAGUCCUUAACAGACGAGAAGCCCAUCCUCAUACAGCAGGUCUCUAGUGAACAUGUUGCCAUGUGUUCAAACGGAGUGCAGACUUCACCACCUACAAAGGAGUCUCCCACCUCAGGCCAUGGGAGCUUUGAGAACAACACUCUUACUGUAAGUGUUAGCAACAGCGAGCCGAGCACGCCCGCCCCUGCGCUGACCACACCGGACCAACCGCUCUUACAUAAAUGCCAGCACUGUGAUGUUCACUUUCUGGAUAAUAUUCUCUACACCAUUCACAUGGGCUGCCAUGGCUAUGAACAUCCAUUCCAGUGCAACGUCUGCGGUCACAUGUGCAUAGAUAGAUACGAUUUUGCAUGCCAUUUUGCCCGUGGACAACAUAAAAAGUGAUUGUGCGACCCAGCUGCACAUACAGUCUUAAA